AUGUCAUCGACCCAUCAGUCUCCUCCGCCAUCACCAUCAUCAAGCUCUGCUGCAGCAAGUCGCUUCGGCACCCUUUCCCGCCCAGCUCCACCCCCCAAGCCGACGCAUCUCUCUUCUGCAUUCACGGGGACCUGCAACUCGAUUGCCUUACGCCACUAUAUACACACGCACACCACAGGUGGGUCUUUCACCACACACUCCCCGUCUACCGCCACGAUCAGUCGUGCCCAUCUCGGUCACUGCUAUGACAGCUCCACAGUAAAUCACUUUGUCGAUGCUUUCGACUCGGCUAGCGAGGAUGAGGACCAGGAUCAGGAUCAUCUCCGAUCGCCCUCGACGAGACCGACCAUCCGAGGUAGGACCUAUACAGCUCCCUCGGUCAGCAGGGUCUUUGAUGCGAGCUUGGGCGAUGCAGACUCGGUAGCGGGUACCUCGCGCCUCAUCCGCAACGAAAACAUCGCGAUCAACGGCUCAGGAGCGUCCAGGGUCGGCGAUCUGCGGAAUAUGUUUGAGGCUGCCCUUCCCACGACUUCUACGCCCAUCGCCUUGUCCAGGCAAAACACGGGUGUUGCCUCUCAGCGCACGGGAACGAGGACGAAGCCCAGGAUCAGUAAUCAAGUUCGUAUGCUGCAAGCACAGAUCACCGGUGAUCGCUUCAAUGGCAUGGCUGGUGCCUUCCACGUUGCCGACGCACGGACCUCAGUCGUGUAUCAAACGCCACAGAAAGUCUCAAGGCAUCGCAGAGACGCCACCGAUCAGAGCCAGGACGAGUCGAUCUAUCGCACGGCCAAUCAAGAUCUGCUGGGCGAUGCUCUUAAGAUGGACGCAGAAGUCAUCCCUCCUAACGCCGAUAUCGGUACUGUCAGGUCGUCCUCUUCUGGCUCGAUCAAAUCUGCUGAUGCCUGCACAGCUGAACCCACUUCUGUUGACACCGACGCCACCAUCUCCCGUUCGACUUCGGCCAAGACCGCCCUGACGUCUUCCAUAAUCCGUAACAUGGCAGCACAGCAUGGACGCGAUGACAGUUCCGCAACCAUCAGACCGAGUCGCUCCGAUCACGAAAUGUGUCCGGCGCCUGCUGCUGGUUCUAGCAACGGUACACUGACUUCGCCAAUUGCGCCUGCAGGCACAGCGCGACGAAUCCCGAACCGUCUGGUCAGCGGCGGCCAUCGAGGACGCUUGAGCUCCGUCUUCACUGCAGACAGUCAAUCGCCUGGUCAAAGCAGCAAUGCAGAACGUAGCGACGUCCAAGGUUCCCCUUCCGGGUCCACUGCAAGUCAUUCCGCGUCCGAGGCGGAGCUUGAAGCUGAGAGGUCUAGGGAGCCAUCGAUGCUCAUUGAUGAUGACGAUGAUGCCAGCUUCUCCAGGACCAGCCGACAUUUGCGUGCUAACGACGGCAGCUGCUUCGACCUCGACUCCAGAUCGGCCAACACGAGCCCUACGAAGGCGGUCACCACUCGACGCGCCCUGCUCAUGGCUGCCACGGCUGCAAGUGUGGACAACGGCGCCGUCGGCGAUGGUGUUCGGACGGCAUCAGGAGAAGGAGGCGAAGAAGCAGCUUCAAAGCUCCACCGUCCGCCUUCAGCGAGCGUCGAUCCUCCUGUCAAUUCCGUCGACCCUGCGUCUGGCUUGAAUGAGGACGCUGCCAAGUCACUUGAUCACGACAAUGGCCUACUUCACCACGCGGAACCUCUGCUGGCUUCCGACGCCAUCGAGUCAAUCUCGCAGCCUUCGCGGCCCGCCAGCUCUCGACUGCCAGCCGGGAUCGGCAAGCCAGCCCGUGCAUUGUACGACUUCGAAGGUGAGGCCGCUUUCAACGAGCUGACCAUUAAAGCCGGACAGCCUUUUGACAUUCUCAAUGAACAGCUUGCCGGCGGCUGGAGUCUGGGUAUCGUCUGGGAUCACGAAGGUUUGCCGACCCGUGGCUUGAUUCCGAUGGGAUUCUACUGUUUGAUUCAAGAGUUUGCAUCCCCCUCGAAGCUUGGGCAGGACAUGGAGCGAAAGGACACGCUCAAUACCGUUGAAAGGGACACGAGUCCUGGCAAGAUCAACUUGCCUUCCCCUGCCACCCCAUCUCCGGCUCGCAGAAAGUCCAAAGUAAAGUCACAGAUCAGAGAAGCGGACUCGUCACUGAGGCAAAAGGGAGACUCGGAGCGUUCGAAGACCCAGGAACAAGGCGCACAGGGCAAACACGAGCUGGUUAAAGCCCCGGAGAGCACCAUCUCAUCGUCGUCAGCCACCUCAAACGUGAGAGCGGACAACUCAACUGACGCUAGGUCAGCCGCAAACGGCGUCUCAACAUCAGAGGCAGACAAAUUGAUCUCGGUCAGCGCUUUUCUUGAGAUUGGCAACGAAGCUGCGCAAUGGGAGCAAGUCGGCAAGCUGGACGCCGUGGCCCAGAAAGAUCCCAUUGAAUCUUCCUCUGCGUCGAUCGAUGUACCUCAAGCGCUCGUGCCCGUCAGUUCUACGACGGUGAUCGAUGGUAUGCCAGCUUCAUCUACAGAAGACAAUCCGAUCAACUGGACCGCGAUUCAGAGCAGUCCGUCGCCGUUGGCUGACACCGCACACCUCCUCGGCAAAUCCGAAGAACCAAUCGAAUCGGUCGCAGACGAUGCUGUGCCGGCGUCCGCAUCAACUCCGCCUGCCGCAUCUGACUGGAAAGGCAGCGUUUUCGGCAAAAAGACGUUCAACCGCUUCGCUAGUUUUGUUACUAGCGGCGCCGAGGACUAUGUGCUGUCCGACUCGAACCCUCAGGCGGACGAGCGCUCGCGUACCAUCGCUCGCAAAGUGUCCGGAGGCGAGGCAGUCAGCACACUGGCGCCGGCUCUGACCGAGGUCAGAGAAGAGGAGGAGGAGACUGCUUCGGAUGGAGAAGCUCGCGGUAAUGCCCACGAGGAACGCGCUGAAGUGUCCGAGGUGGAGCUUUGUGCCGCCGACCCGAACCAUCACUUCGUCAUUGCUGGAUCUGCUGGUCCCAAAUGGAUGAGCAAGUCCGGUCCUUUCCUCGUCCAAGUCCAUCAUCCCGAGAAACGCACCAAGCUCAACGGCAUGCAGGAGUACACGAUCUAUCACGUCACCAGUACAUACCCGCUGUACGAUGAACCGGAUGCAGUCGUUGAAAACCAAAGCUGCAUCCCGUACGAUCCCCUCGGUGGUCCAUACCCGCCCGGAGCUCAAGUCACGGUGCGUCGCCGGUUCACCCAGUUCGAGUGGUUGUACCAGACUCUCGCCAAGCAUUAUUCGGCAUUGUUCAUCCCGCCCGUCCCGGAGAAGCAGUACAGCGGUCGCUUCGCUUCCGACUUUAUUGAGACGCGACGUGCUGAUCUGGAGAUGUGGAUGUCACGACUGGUCCGACACCCAGUCCUGCGGUACUCAGAGACGCUUCGAUUCUUUCUGAGCUGCGACGACGAGGCCGAGUGGCGAACGAAUGCAGCAGCCCUGUUGCGGUAUGGCUGUCUUGCGGCGGGCAAGGCGAUGCAAGGGGGAGUCUUUGCGCACACCUGGCAUCCGGAAUUCAACUUUGAUGCUAGCGAAGCAGGCGUUGAGGCAGAUCGCCUGGAUGCAUUCCUCAAGGCGCAAGAAAAGGCGAUCAACGGUGUUGGUGGGCACAACGCUGGGAAGCAUGGUGUGCUUGCUGCGUACAAGAGUCAUCGCGAGGGCAACGUGUCAACUUCAUCUACGUACCGAGACUUGUCGUACACGCUCUUGCGCACUCUGACCGGAGCUGGUGCUGGUCCGUCUGAUGAUCAUGCCGCCGCCACCAUGGUUGGAGCACUGGCGGAUGUGGAUGCGCAUCGGAUCCUGGGGCCACCCAUGGGUGGUGUGGGCAAGCGCAGCGAGACAGGUGCAACCAACGAACACGGAGCUUGGUGUUGGAGGGAAGACUGUCAAGAUUGUCUCAAUCUCACCAGCGCACUGCAGAACACGGCAGAAUGCAUGCAGACUGUCGCCGAUAUCUACGAGUCGCACGCGAGGGAGACGCUUCUCAGGCAGCACGAGCGGUUCAAAGAGGUAUCGAAACCACACACCAUGGCACAGUCGCUACUGGAAACGCACCGUACCACCUUGGCCAGGUAUCGCGAGGCGACUCGAGAUCCUUGGGACGAUGACGACCAAGACGACGAGCAUCAGCCUUCAGGACCACCAACCGAACUUUCGCCUCAAGAAGCGGAAAAGGUAGCCGCACGAUGCGAAACCGUCCUGAACGUAACCCUGUCGGAAAUGGACCGGUUGCACAAUGAACGUGUGCAAGACUACCACGCUCUCGGCAGAUCCUUCCUGGACGGGGAGAUCGAGCUGUACGAAUCAGUGUUGGAACAGCUCAAAGCGGCAAGACUGCAUUACGACGAAGAGUAUUACGAGAGGGAGAGCGACUUUCACAUCUUGGCCAGCCGCUAUCAAUCGGAUUUGGGAAAGCCGAAGAAGCCUAGUGCUCCACUGUUGAUGCCGAGUGCGGCUCAGGGUGCGGUUGGCGGAUUGAAAGGUGGUGUCGGGAUGCUGAUCAGCCAGGCGACGGGAGGAAAGCUGGAAGGCAUAGGAGGAUCGACGAUGGAGAGGGUUGAAAGUGGAAAUGGAACGGUUCGUGGAGUAGGGGUGGACGGCAAAGGCUUGAAGGACAGCACCAACGUGUUUCAUCAGAACUCGGCGGACGCGGCGCUCAAAGCGAUUGCGUCGAAGCACCGCGAGGAUGGUAGCGCGCAGCCGAAACACGGUCAGCAGCAACACCAGCUAGGCAGUGAAGCUUCGAGGGGUGCUUCAUACUUUUCUGCCAUUUGGAGAUGA